UACCAUGUCAUCAAUACGAAUAAGAAUUAAAUAAAUUUAUGUGAAGGUUGACUUCAGAGUUGUCUUUAUCCUUUUGAGAUUUUUUUAGAGUAAAAGAAGAGGAGGUGAUAAUGGCAACAAAUGGGGGUGCUAAUAAGAAGGUUUGUGUAACUGGGGCUGGAGGGUUUAUAGCAUCAUGGCUUGUUAAGCUUCUUCUAUCCAAAGGUUACUCUGUCCAUGGAACUGUCAGACAACCUGGUAGUAAGAAAUAUGAACACUUACUGAAACUUGAGAGAGCUUCAGAGAACCUUACACUUUUCGAAGCAGAUAUCUUGAAUUAUGAAUCUCUUUACAAAGCAAUUGUCAGAUGCAGUGCAGUUUUCCAUGUUGCUAGUCCUGUACCUUCAACAGUUGUAUCAAAUCCUGAGGUGGAAGUGAUUGAGCCUGCAGUGAAAGGAACUGCUAAUGUACUUGAAGCUUCUCUCAAAGCUAAAGUGGAACGUGUCGUCUUUGUAUCAUCUGGAGUUGCUGCUGCUAUCAAUCCUAAUUUCCCGAAAGAUAAAGUGAUUGACGAGUCUUGUUGGUCUGAUAAAGACUACUGCAAAAAAGCUAAGAACUGGUAUUGUUAUGCCAAGACAGAAGCAGAAGAGCAGGCGCUGAAUUUCGCGAAAAGAACCGGGCUUGAUGUUGUAAGCAUUUGUCCUACCCUUGUUUUGGGACCAAUUUUACAGUCAACCACUAAUUCAAGUAGUUUGGUUCUCAUCAAACUUUUAAAAGGCUGUGAUACAUUGGAGAACAAGCAUCGUUGGAUAGUUGACGUACGAGAUGUAGUUGAUGCGAUACUUUUGGUUUAUGAGAAUCACAAGGCAGAAGGGAGAUACAUAUGUUUUUCACACGCUGUCACGGAACGAGAUUUGGUGGAGAAAUUGAAGAGUAUAUUUCCAAAUUACAAGUGCCCUACAAACUAUAGUGAGGUGGAUGAUAACAGAAUGCUGAGCUCAGAGAAACUGCAAAGUUUAGGUUGGAAAUUCAGGCCAUUGGAGGAAACACUCAUUGAUUCUGUUAAGAGCUAUGAGGAGGCUGGACUACUCUAAUCACAAUAUCAUCAUCUCCCUAUUUGGGAGGAAGCUCUCAUUAGGGGUGUGCGUGGUUCAUGAACCGAAUCAGACUAAAUCUAUAAUAAAUGUGACUGCUUGUUUAUUGUACUCAACAAGAUACACUGUUCUUAUGCUGGCUCAGUUCUUAAGUAAGUUUAAGUUGUUGGUGAAAGCAAUAAUUGAUCUCAAAGUACUUGCCACCCCUUCACAAACUUGUGUCUAAUUGGAAUCUGUUUGGUUUA